AAAAAUUGCUCAAUUGGAGUAUCAAGCUCAGAGCGAAAAGAUUAAAAAAAUAUUUUUUCAAGGAAAAAACUCGAUUAAAAAAAGAAAAAUAUACCGUAAUAUUUGGAGAUAAAACGUAUACAUUUGGAAGCAAAAAUUAAAAGAGAAAAAUCUAUUGUGAAUUUACAAAUAAAUGAAUUAAAGGAAAAAGUGAAACUCUUAUUGUGCAAAAUAAAGAUGUGUGUGUGAGCACAAUACAUAAAAAAAUAGUUUAAAAACAAAAAUAAAACUAGUGAUUAAAGAAGAGAGAAGGAACAAUUUGAGAUAAAAUUUGUAUAAAUUAGUUUGUGCAAAACAAAGAAGAAAGAAAAAAACUCAAUAUAAAUUACAAAGAUUUUAGAACGUGCAAAGGUGUUUUUUAAAAAAAUAAAUAAAUGUAAAUACACUUAGAUUUAAAAGUGAGACUUGAAAGCAGUAAUAUUGAUAAAAAAAAAAAAUAAACAAAAGAAAAUAUAAUAUACACAAAAAAAGUAUAACUGAUAGUGAAAAAAAAAUCAAUUUAUAUGCAUAAGAAUCAGAAAUUUCAAUCGAAAAAUAACCAAACAUCUAACAGCAAAAUGAUGACUGAAACAAUGAAUAGUAACAAUCAUUUUAGUCAAAGCGAACGUAUGGAUCCUGGAUGGAAAGCAAAAUUACAGAUACCACCCAAAGAUAAUAGAAUUAAGACUAGUGAUGUAACGGAUACACGUGGAAAUGAGUUUGAAGAGUUUUGCGUGAAACGAGAAUUGCUGAUGGGUGUUUUCGAAAUGGGCUGGGAAAAACCAUCUCCAAUUCAAGAAGCAGCAAUUCCAAUUGCUCUUGGCGGAAAGGAUAUUUUAGCUCGUGCGAAAAACGGCACAGGAAAAACGGGAGCUUACUGUAUUCCGAUAUUGGAGCAGGUUGACGAAAAACGUGAUUGCAUUCAAGCAUUAGUUAUUGUACCGACUAGAGAAUUGGCACUACAAACUUCCCAAAUUUGCAUUGAACUAGCUAAGCAUUUGGACAUAAAAGUUAUGGUAACAACAGGUGGAACAAAUUUAAAGGAUGAUAUUAUGAGAUUAUAUCAAAAAGUGCAAGUCAUCAUUGCUACACCAGGACGUAUACUUGAUUUGAUGGAUAAGGAAGUGGCUGUUAUGACUAACUGCAAAAUACUUGUGCUUGAUGAGGCCGAUAAAUUAUUAUCUCAAGAUUUUAAGGGCAUGCUGGAUCAUGUCAUCAUGAAGCUCCCACGAGAACGCCAAAUUUUGCUCUUCUCGGCCACAUUCCCAUUGACAGUUAAACAGUUUAUGGAUAAACAUUUGCGCAAUCCAUAUGAAAUUAAUUUGAUGGAGGAAUUAACACUUAAAGGUGUCACCCAAUAUUAUGCAUUCGUUCAAGAGCGCCAAAAGGUUCACUGUUUAAAUACACUCUUCAGUAAACUUCAAAUCAAUCAAUCCAUCAUUUUCUGUAACUCGACACAACGCGUCGAACUGUUGGCAAAGAAAAUAACUGAAUUGGGUUAUUGCUGCUACUAUAUUCAUGCUAAAAUGGCUCAAGUCCAUCGUAAUCGUGUUUUUCACGAUUUUCGUUCCGGCUUAUGUCGCAACUUGGUAUGCUCGGAUCUUUUUACACGUGGUAUUGAUGUACAGGCUGUGAAUGUUGUUAUUAAUUUCGAUUUUCCUAAAAUGGCUGAGACUUAUUUACACCGAAUUGGUCGUUCGGGUCGUUUCGGACAUUUGGGAAUCGCCAUCAAUCUAAUCACGUACGAAGAUCGAUAUGAUCUACAUCGCAUUGAAAAAGAAUUGGGAACUGAAAUCAAACCAAUCCCGAAGGUCAUAGAUCCUGCUUUAUAUGUUGCUUCAAAAAGCGAAGCUGAACAAGAAGAUUCAAAUAACAAGUAAGAAGCGGAGCCAUCAUCAAUGGUACUUUUAAUUUCAUUUGUUCUGAUUUCGAUAUUUUACACAAACAAAAAAAACACUCUUAUUACAUUUUUUGUGAUGGAAUGAAAGAUGACUCAUCUUGAUUUAUUACUUUUGAAAAGCAACAAAUCAUAAUUUAUUAUGUUUUAACUAUCCCAAAGC